GCUGCCCCGCGAGCCCAGACGGCCUGGCCAGGUACGCCGGGACCCGGCGAGGAGCGCAGGGAAGCGAGGGGCCGACUGCCCCGCCAGCGGGCUGGAGGGCUACAGGCGACCCCGCGGGCUGGGCGGUGGGAGGGGGCCGCGCGGCGCGGCGGGGGGCCGGACAGGUGCGCGGGCGGGGGGCGGUGCUUGGGGAUCCUGCGCACUGCGCGCGCCCCUCCCCCAGCGCGGCUCCCGGCGCGGCCCCAGCCCCGGCGCGAGCGGGAGGAGGAGCUGCGGCGGCAGCGGCCACUCGGGCAGGUCGGCGGCGCCACGGGAAGCCGCCGACGGCGCGGGCUGCCGGUCCCAGCGCGCAGGAGGCGCGGGCGGCGCUGGGGCCAUGGAGCCUGGUGACGCGGCGAGCCUCGGCCCGGGGCGGGCGGCCCGGGCGCUGCCACCGCGGCUGCUGCUGCUGCCGCUGCUCCCGUUGCUGCUGGGUCGGGGGCUGCGCGCGGCCGCCGCGGCCUCCUCCUCUGGGGCGGCGGCCGAGGACAGCAGCGCCAUGGAGGAACUCGCCACGGAGAAGGAGGCGGAGGAGAGCCACCGGCAGGACAGCGUGAGCCUGCUCACCUUCAUCCUGCUGCUCACGCUCACCAUCCUCACCAUCUGGCUCUUCAAGCACCGCCGGGUGCGCUUCCUGCACGAGACCGGGCUGGCCAUGAUCUACGGGCUCAUCGUCGGGGUAAUCCUGCGGUACGGCACCACUGCCACCAGUGGUCAUGACAAGUCACUCAGCUGCACUCAGGAAGACAGGGCCUUCAGCACCUUAUUAGUGAACGUCAGUGGGAAGUUCUUCGAAUACACCCUGAAAGGAGAAAUCAGCCCUGGCAAGGUUAACAGUGUGGAGCAGAACGACAUGCUGAGGAAGGUGACAUUUGAUCCAGAGGUCUUUUUCAACAUUCUGUUGCCUCCAAUUAUUUUCCAUGCUGGAUACAGUUUAAAGAAGAGACACUUUUUCAGAAAUCUUGGGUCUAUUCUGGCCUAUGCCUUCUUGGGGACUGCCGUUUCCUGCUUCAUUAUCGGGAAUCUCAUGUAUGGUGUGGUGAAGCUCAUGAAGAUUGUGGGGCAGCUCUCAGAUAAAUUUUACUACACAGAUUGUCUCUUUUUUGGAGCAAUUAUCUCUGCUACUGACCCAGUGACUGUACUGGCGAUAUUUAAUGAAUUGCAUGCAGACGUGGACCUUUAUGCGCUUCUGUUUGGAGAAAGUGUCCUAAAUGAUGCUGUUGCCAUUGUACUGUCCUCGUCUAUUGUUGCCUACCAGCCAGCGGGGCUGAACACUCACGCCUUUGAUGCUGCUGCCUUUUUUAAGUCAGUUGGCAUUUUUCUAGGUAUAUUUAGUGGCUCUUUUACCAUGGGAGCUGUGACUGGUGUUGUGACUGCUUUAGUGACCAAGUUUACCAAGCUGCACUGCUUCCCCCUGCUGGAGACGGCGCUCUUCUUCCUGAUGUCCUGGAGCACGUUCCUCUUGGCAGAAGCCUGUGGGUUUACCGGCGUUGUAGCUGUCCUUUUCUGUGGAAUCACACAAGCUCAUUACACCUACAACAAUCUGUCAGUGGAAUCAAGAAGUCGAACAAAGCAGCUCUUUGAGGUGUUACACUUCCUGGCAGAGAACUUCAUCUUCUCCUACAUGGGCCUGGCACUGUUUACCUUCCAGAAGCACGUUUUCAGCCCCAUUUUCAUCAUUGGAGCUUUUGUUGCCAUCUUCCUGGGCAGAGCUGCACACAUCUACCCACUCUCCUUCUUCCUCAACUUGGGCAGAAGGCACAAGAUUGGCUGGAAUUUUCAACACAUGAUGAUGUUUUCAGGCCUCAGGGGAGCGAUGGCAUUUGCACUGGCCAUCCGAGACACAGCAUCCUACGCGCGCCAGAUGAUGUUCACGACCACCCUCCUUAUUGUCUUCUUCACCGUCUGGAUCAUUGGUGGAGGCACGACGCCCAUGUUAUCAUGGCUUAAUAUAAGAGUUGGCGUCGAGGAGCCCUCCGAAGAGGACCAGAACGAACACCGCUGGCAGUACUUCAGAGUUGGUGUUGAUCCAGAUCAAGACCCACCACCCAACAACGACAGCUUCCAAGUCUUACAAGGGGAUGGUCCAGAUACUGCCAGAGGAAACCGGACAAAGCAGGAGAGUGCUUGGCUAUUCAGGCUGUGGUACAGCUUUGACCACAAUUACUUGAAGCCCAUCCUCACACACAGUGGCCCCCCAUUAACCACCACUCUCCCAGCCUGGUGUGGCUUGCUCGCGCGAUGUCUGACCAGUCCCCAGGUGUAUGACAACCAAGAGCCACUGAGAGAGGAAGACUCUGAUUUCAUCCUGACCGAGGGUGACCUCACCUUGACCUACGGGGACAGCGCGGUGACUGCGAACGGCUCCUCGGGCUCCCACACGGCCUCCACGAGCCUCGAGGGCGGUCGGAGAACGAAGAGCAGCUCCGAGGAGGUGCUGGAACGAGACCUGGGAAUGGGAGACCAGAAGGUUUCCAGCCGGGGCACCCGCCUGGUGUUCCCCCUGGAGGAUAACGCAUGACUCCUCGCCCUGAGCCCUGAGUGCUGGGGCAGGCCCACUGGCGGGGUGAGGAUGGCUGCGAGCCCCGGUGUUGUUUGAGGUGGGGCCUUGACUGAAUGGAACUAACACGUCUAUUUUAUUGGGGUCUGAAGAUAUCUUAACAUUUAAAAUUUAACCCAAGAUGCAGCUGGUGGGGCUAAAGUGUCUCUAAAUCAAGACAAAUGCAGACCUAUUCCCACUUUUUUCACAUAGUAGUGCGCUGUUCAGAGUUAAAUAGCAUGCUUUAAUGCUCUCUUCAUUCAUUCACCUGCAGAUCUGAACAAGGUAUGGCAGGUGCGGGGGGGUUCCUCCCAGGAGAGGCUUCUUAUCCAGACACAGCAGUGCAGGUCUAGCUGGCUGUAGGAAUAGCAAAGGGAGAACAGGCUAGAAAAAGAUUGUGAAGGAAGGCAGUUGAGAUUGGACCUCCAAGGAUUACGAGAAGCUGGUGUUAAAUGGGACAGAAAACGUGAAAAAGCAAUUUGAGUGGAGGCUCUAGCAAUGAGGCUUCGUGCCUGCAACCUCCUAUCAGGAUUCCUGCCCUUUUUGGCUGUGUUGCCUCUAGACUGAAGAUUGGAAAAUAUGUCCAUGAACAUUUCAACAAAGUCCAGUUCCUUCUGUGGAAAUCUCCAUAAAGAAGAAGUUACUGAAAUGUUUGAAACCAAAGGCAAAAUAGUGUUAUAUUGUUGUUUUUAAUUAAUCUGAGGACAGGAGAAGCUGUUUAGAAACUGAUGGUGUUAUCACUGCAAAAAUCAGUCAGUUCUUGAGGGCUCCCAUAUGAGCCGACUGCAUGGAAAAUGAUUAAUAGGACUGGAUUCUACUGUGGGUUUAGAAAUAAAUUUUGGGGAUGCAAUUUUAUCCAGGGAAGAGAAGGCAGCAAGAAGCCUAAGAGGCAACAGGCUGGUAUUCAGAGGGAAGAAAUCGCACUGCAAACAAAAUUAACCUCAGAGAAAAUACAAGAUCGUAUACUAAUGACUGAGUAGAAUUCCAACCUCAAGCUAAUAAAUUCCAACCUCAAGCUAAUCUCAUAAUGAGAUUUCAGUGGCCACAUGAGGAAUCAGAGGCAAGUCAAUGGAAAGUUAAGCAUUAUUCAACCUGGUAGAAGGUUCUGUCUACUAUAGACAGAUUAAGAAUCCAGAUGUCUUGACAUUGAAUGCCAUGUAAAGAAGGGCCAUUUGCUUGGUAUCCAGGGAGCCUUGCACCAGCUUAAUGUGUAAGUGCGGUUUAAAAUUUAGGUUUUUAGUUUGGGUUCUUUGUGGAUGAGCUGUUCUACCUGCCCUCACCUGUAGUAGGUGAAAUACUGAGAGAACCCUUGGAAACCAAGUUUGAGAUUCUCCCCAUGUCUCUAUGCUUCAGUGCUAGUGUAUUUGAAAACCCAAUUUCUAAAAAAUGCUUUCAUAAAACAUGGGCAUUUUUCUUAUUAUGGCAGACAAAAUAGUGGCCCAGUUCAGUCUAGGACACCCAUAAUGAAAUCAGUCAUUUAAUCUUAACUCAGAUUUUUAAUGGUUAAUUUUUAAAUAAGACAUUGCUUGACACUUUGUUUUUGAAUUGAUAAUUUGUGCAAACCAGGAAAUAUUUAUUAUUAGGUUGAGCCAUAUGAAAUUGCUGACACUCGACCAUUAAAAAGAAAACAGAAAUGCCAGUUUCAUAUGGUUCAAUAUAAUUGAAUCAUUUUUAUUCCCCUCUUUCCUUUGUGUCUACACUAAAGUCCAUUUUGAUUUUAUGGUCAUCCAUGGGCUUUGUACUCCUCACUGCAAACCUUUUAAUCUAACCUACUUAAAUAUAAGUAAGUGGAGGUUUGCUAAGACCAAAAGUUAGCCAGGUUUGUAGUUAUUUGGUUGCAUUUUUUAUUCAGGGGAUCAGAGUAAGUCACUGACCUAUGGUCCUAAUUUUUGUUUGCAAGAUGUGGAGAUUAAUCCUGACCUUACCAGGGGUCCUGGGAAGUGAGUCCACUCAUCAAAAUGCUUCCACCUCUCAGAAGCAUCGUGCCUGUGCUGAGUGGCAAAAAAGGUAGGGUGCCACAAGCGCCUCAAACCACCUCACUCGAGGCCGAGUAUCUGCUGCCGGUCUGGCAGAAAUCAGAUUGAAACUACUAAGUAAUGGUGCAUCCAACUGAAGAAAGUUCCCCUGAGGGAGUAAUCCCAGGUCAUCUCAGAAACAUGUCUGUUCUGGGUUGGGGGUGGGGGGUGACAGUUUCAGUAGUUGAAUGUUCUAGAGCGCAGGUUCUCAACCCCGGCUACACAUUAGGAUUACCAGGCCAGUUUUUAAAAAUAUUGAUGCCAGGGCCCUACCCUCAGAGAUUCAGAUUCAGUAGGCUUAGGGUGGGGCUGGCUGCCAUGCUUUGUUCUGUAUCCUCAAGGAUUCUGAUGCGCAGCUAGGGUUGAGAGCCUCUAGUCUAGAACUUGCAGUGGACCCUAUUUGGAACCUUAAAGAAUGGCCUAGCAAAGAAAGUUUUAUUUUAAUUGUUAGUCAUGUGGAACAAACAGGGUUGAUCAAUAAUACAGACUGGGCAGCUGUGAGAAUUUCAUGCUCAUAAUCUUCGCAGAAGUCAAGAACGUACUUCUUAAAGUGCAACUGAAAAGUUCACUUUUGAAAACCUUAGAGCAUGAGGAGGAGAGAUGGGUGACUUGAGUGUAUGUAUGGAGGGAGGGUUAAAAACCUGUCAUCUUUGCCCCCAUUUGUGGGGAACAAGGGCUUUUGUCUUAAACUGAGCUGCAGGCUAAUCAAAUGUGCAGGUUUCUGAGAUGCUGUCUUUGCAAUUUAACCUGAGAUUAUAUUAAUAGUCCCCUUUGCAGUCAAGUGAAUUUUGUUUCUCUUCACACUUUGCCUGUCCCCAUGCCUGCAUCCACACUGGACUCCUCAGGAUAAGGAUGGGCCCAUUUAUUGCCUGAGCAGAGGCCCCGUGUUAAGUGGGAAGUUGUGAUCACUUUGCUGUCACGUGGCAGUGGUGUCAGUAGCAGGUAAUUAAGGAGAUGCAAACUUUUGUAUAGCACCGACAGAGGAAAGACAAAAAACGCCUGCAAUUCCUUUCCAUACUCUAUCUGGGGACCACAAGGAGAACUGAACUAAACAAGGAAAUUUGGAAUUUAAAGAAAGCUGUAUUUCCUCCUAGGAAACAGGUAUAGGAAGGGCAUACAGGGUGCUUCACUGGAGUGACAAGACAAAGCAUUGAUGCCCUGCAGCCAGAAAUCACACUGCGACAUCAAAUAUCUCAUCAAGCAAACAGCAAGAAGCUCUUUAGGCUGUGUUCUCUAGACCUGAAAAUGUCCUCCAUAGUUCGGUUGACAAAAUCUCUUUAGAAAACCUGAAGAAAUGUUAUCUCAGCUGUCUGUGAACAUUUCAGUGUAGGGCAAAAAGUAAUGGUUCUUUCCAAAACAGAAGUCUGUUUCACACACACCCCCCACCCCCCAUCAUAGCUCCCCCUUUCUUUGUCCACAGUUGAAGUUGAUGUUAUCAUGUCAGCUAUUUAAUGUGCACAAAAUGAUUUCUAAAUGUAGAAACACUGCUGAUGCACUCAGGGGAGAUUGCUGGGAGGGCAAACAAGCAACUCAUCUGAGGGGAAAAUCAGCCGCUUGGAAACCUACCUUGGUACCCAUUGCGAGUUCUAAGAGGUGGAUCAGAAAGCUGCUUUUCCCAUCUGCUGUAAAAUACAAUCUGGACUGAGAGCAUCUGAAAAGUCAGCUUUCUGAUUCAGUAAGUAUAUGACUCCUUAUUCCACUUCAGAAAUGGGGCACUUUACAGGUUUCAUGUCUGCUUUCUGAUGUUGCUUCUGUAGAUGAGUUAGUGUAGGAGCUACUCUGUCAAAUGCAGUAGAGUGGUAUCAUUGAAUUCUGAUCUCUUCUGUUGUUUUUUAAGUGAGAAUCUGGCUCACCAUUGUCAAUUGCCACAUUCUGAAAGCUACAUUCAUGCUUUCACCAUGUGGAUACCUGAAAAGCCCUUUCCUCUUUCUAAAACCUAAUGAGAACAAUCUACAGAGAAAUGAUCCGGAAGCCAAUGCUAGUGUCUUAACGAGGAAAAGCAAGUAGGCUUUUUGACAAUCCUUUCAAAACAAGACCUAGAAAGAAACCAUUUUUUUUCCAGUUCCAAGUUUCGUAAGCAGAGUUUUUGUAAAUUAACAAACCCAUCUUGUCAGUCAGUGCCAGCAGAAAUUGUAAAGAGCAAAACCAAAGUUUUUGAUGUCUUUUAUUUUUGUAAGCAGGGUAUACUUUAAUCAUGGCCCACAUGGCACACACAGGCAGCCAGUUUUUUGCGACAUGAGCCUUGGAGAAGAUGAGGAGGAAGGGCUGCCUGUUCUGCUGCCCUUUGAAAAGGUCUGCAACAGCCAUGAAAGUGCUUGGGAGAGGUCACUUUCUCAUCCUGAUGGCCACCUUUUCAAAAGGGUUCACAGAACUGCCAGAUGUCAUGGUCAGCUUGACUCUUGGGCAGUUGGAAAAUUAUCUGGGCCUGUAUGUGUUGGAGGAACUCAGAUGCAAAAGGACCUGGAAACAGCAUGAAGAACUCCACAUCUGCUGUCUAAAGUACUUCAAAAAAGUUAAGAUCUCAGUGUUACUGGGUAAGUGUCUCGCUGCAUGGACAUUUGGGGGUUGACUUUGGUUGUGAUUAUCCCAGCUGUGAGCUUUGGCGAAGCAGUGGGAUGCUUUUCAGUCAUGUGGGUGUUAAGUCUAUGGAUUUGGAAUUUGUCACUGAAAUCACUCAUUCAAAGUAUGACUUCAUGGUAGGGUCACCUCCUAGGUUUUUUAUUUUUUACAUAAAACACAUCUGGGACUUCUUAAGAAGUUUUACUAUGUCCAUUAAAAUGAUUACAUGGGAAGGCCACCAAGAUUCAUUUAAUAGCUGAAAAGCAGUUUUUUAAAUAGACUAGGGUGAAUUUCAUAUGGGCUGAUGUGACCUUCUGGGGAAUUUUUUAUAGAGAGCGUACAUACUGUAAUUGGGGAAAUUUUUGUCUUUUACUCCCAUCCAACAGUAGCAAACUGGUGGUUUUAUAAAAUUAACAUAGUAUGUUAUAUAAACAUGUUAUAUAAAAUAAUAUUAAAGUAUGUCUAACUGUGAAAAAGUGAAGACUUGGAGUUAUCAGCAACCUUGAUGUGCAAUAAGGAAAACUGGAGUUAGACCCCCAAAGUGCUCCCUUUCCCUAGCAUUUUACUUAAUGUUUGCCUUUGUGUAUAUGUUUAGAUUGAUAUUGUAAAGCUAGCUACACGUUUUCCUGCCCUUUACUGAUAUUUAACACAUUUUUCUCAAAGCUUUUUUUUUUUUUUUUUUACAAAACUCAAAAUAAAAAGAUUAACUGGGUGAGCUCAUCUUCUUUUGUAUUUUUAAAAGUAUUGUCCCUUAGUAGAAGAAUGCAGUAUGAUCCUGUUCUUAGUCUGUUUCUUCCCUUACAGAGAGGUUCUGUUCUGGGUGUAGGCUAUUUCUCUCCAACUUCAUUUAGGACAGAGAUUGACAAAUUACUGCGGCCCCUGGACCAGAUCCAGCCUACUGCUUGUUUUUGUAAAUAAAGUUUUAUUGGCAUAUACUCCACUCAUUCGUUUGCAUAUUGUCUGACUGCUUUCACGCAGAGCUGAGGAGUUGUAACAGCAGUGAACAACUAGCUGCUCGUAAAGCCUGAACUAUUUACUAUCAAGAUCUUUACA